GUUGGUGAUGACGGGUAGUCAAAGAACAAGUGUACUAGAAGGUGUUAGGUAAAACAGGUGUUCCUGUCUGAAACAAGAUCACAUCACUUCAUCAUAACAUCAACAACCUACUUCACCACUGUUAUUAUAGUAAAUUCAUUACAUAUAUAAUGUCAUUCUCUACCACUCUUUCAACUAAAAAAGCUCACAUCUUUUUUUCUUGCCUUGAAUAUCAAUAUAUAUAACUCCAUCAUUAUAAAUGGCUCAAGCAAUAGUGAACCCAGAAGAGCAGGUUGUUCUUGGAGAAGAAAUAAGCCAUGUGAGGCUGAUUACAUUGAACCGGCCACGUCAACUGAAUGUUAUUUCAUCCAAAGUGGUUUCUAUUCUUGCUGGAUUCUUAGAGAAAUGGGAGAAAGAUGAUAAUGCUGAGCUUAUAUUAAUCAAGGGUGCUGGUCGAGCAUUUUCUGCAGGUGGAGAUCUGAAAAUGUUUUAUGAUGGCAGGACAUCAAAGGAUUCUUGCCUUGAAGUGGUUUACAGAAUGUACUGGCUCUGUUAUCACAUCCAUACAUACAAGAAAACUCAGGUUGCACUUGUCAAUGGGAUUUCAAUGGGUGGCGGCGCUUCUUUGAUGGUUCCGAUGAAAUUCUCAGUUGUCACUGAGAAAACUGUUUUUGCAACUCCAGAAGCAAGUAUCGGAUUUCAUACUGAUUGUGGCUUCUCUUACAUGCUUUCUCAUCUCCCUGGCAAUUUGGGGGAAUUCCUAGCUUUAACUGGAGCUAGGCUUAAUGGCAAGGAAUUGGUUGCGGCUGGAUUGGCAACGCACUUUGUUCCUUCAGAGAAACUGCCUGAGCUAGAGCAGCGUCUUAUUAGCUUGAACACGGGUGAUGCAAAAGCAGUCAAAUCUGCUAUAGAAGAAUUUUCCGUUGAUGUUCUUCUCGAAGAAGGAAGUGUUUUGAAAAGGCUGUCACUUAUUGACAAGUGUUUUUCCAAGAAUACUGUGGAGGAUAUCAUCGAAUCGUUUGAAGCUGAGGCAAGUCUGGAGGGAAAUGGAUGGAUAGGGACAAUACUAAAAGGGUUGAAAAGAUCAUCCCCUACAGGAUUGAAAGUCACAUUACGAUCGAUCCGUGAAGGAAGGAAGCAGACAGUUGCUGAAUGUCUCAAGAAAGAAUUCAGACUAACGACGAACAUACUCCGGACCACAAUAUCUGCAGAUGUCUAUGAGGGUAUUAGAGCUCUCACUAUUGACAAGGAUAAUUCCCCUAAGUGGGAUCCACCAGCUUGUCACAAAGUGGAUGAUCAGAAACUGGAACUUGUAUUUCAGCCAUUCAAACAGGAUUUGGAGCUUCAGAUACCGGAAAAAGAAGCCUGCAGGUGGGAAGGAAAAUACGAGAACUCAUCGUAUGCAACAUUAAAGUUGACAGAACAAUAAACGCAUAUUUAUGAAAUAAUUUGAGUUUUACAAGCACAUGCAUAUGCUUGUAGUUGUAUCAGCAGCCACUGUUGUAUGUUAUGUUUUUUUAUUUUUCUUCUAAAACUGUUUCACAGUGGGAUGCAUUUUCCGAUUCCUUAGACGAUCGUCUAAUCAUUAGGCACAAAUAUAUACCGAUUUUAUUAAUAACAAUUAAAAUUUAUAUUUUGUUGAGUUUUA